CGGUCAGCCACCUUACCGGUUUCCUACCCUACGGAAAACUCAAUAAAACGGUCGGUUUUAAUUCCGGCGAGACAACUCCGCCACCCACCGAUGGGAAGAUGAAAAUUGAAACGUGAAAGCCCUCAUCUCCAUUUUCUGUGCGCCGCACUGUUCUCGCUUCGGGUAUCCGAUCUCGUCCUAAGGAAUUGUAUUUGGAUAUACUAUGUCUUCUGCUCAAGAUCCUUUUUAUGUCGUGAAAGAGGAAAUUCAAGAUUCUAUUGACAAGCUACAAGUUGCUUUUCAUGAAUUGGAGCAAACACCUAUUGAAACCGGGGAGCAUGUUCAUCUAACUAGGGGACUUAUUACAAAUUGUGAGAGUAUUGAAUGGCAGGUUGAUGAAUUAAAUAAGGCUAUUGCUGUGGCUGCAAGAGAUCCAGGUUGGUUUGGGCUUGAUGGUGCGGAGAUUGAAAGGAGGAGGAGAUGGACCACUUCUGCUCAUAAUCAGGUAGCUGCUGUGAGAAAAGCUGUGGAGGCUGGAAAGGAGAAGAAGAGUUUUUCUCACAAUGGGGCACGCAAAGAACUGAUGAGGCUUCCAAAUGAACGAUCAAAUUACUACACCCCAGAUAGUGACGAUUUCAUCAGUUCUGAAUCAGAUCGGCAGAUGCUUCUUAGAAAGCAACAAGAUGAGGAGUUGGAUGAACUAAGCGUAAGCGUUAAGAGAAUUGGAGGCGUAGGGCUUACCAUACAUGAAGAACUUGUUGGACAGGAGAGGAUCUUGAAUGAACUUAGCAUGGAGAUGGAAACGACAGCGAACCGGCUUGAGUUUGUUCAGAUGUGCUAUAAGCAGUUUAUGAACGCAGAAAAAAGUUGCUAUGGUUAUGAAGAAGGCAGGAGCGAAGGGGCAAAUCAUGAUGAUACUCUUCUUAUUAUUUCUUUUAAUCAUUUUUUUUGUCUUGCUAUUCCUCACAUAAUAGGUGCAGGCCAUUUCUUUUUUAUUUUUCCCCUUCCUUGGAAAAUCAUCCAAACUUCAAUGAAAAAAUAUAUUUGUUUGCAUCAUGUUGUAAAAUGUGGUUUUUGAAGCUGUGGCAGUCAUGGUUAGGAUUGCAUGCAUGGUAUGCCCUUUGGUCAUAAAGUUAUAGUGUGCCAGUGAAUGGAUGUGGGUUACAGCCAUCCAAACUUGAAUGAAAAAAACUUGUUUGUAUCAAUUUUGGGCAAAACUACCGGAUGGUUGGGCGUCUUCUAGCCAUCAUUUUGGGGCAAAACUACCUUGUGAG